GCGUAACCUUUGUGCAACCUAAUUGGCUAAGAGGAGCGUGAGUGGGCCUAUCAGAAGAGCCAGGGGACGGGCUCGAGCUGCCCAUUGGCCCGAAGGCUCUUCACUCGGGCUUCAGGCGGAAGGAGCCACGGAAGUGGGCGCCUGGCGUGCAACCUGCGGGAGGGAUGGAGGCGGCGGCGGGUGAGUCUGCGGGCGCCGCGGGGAGCGGGAAGAGACCGGCCCGCAGCUGUUGGUCGCGACCCUGGGUGUUUAGCGAGUCGUCUUAUUUGCAAUGCAGUGAUCCAGGCCAGGGAUGUCCCAGCCUUAGGUGCCGGAAGCACAUCUAGGAAAGGCACUUGAAUGCAUUGGUGACAAGGACCUGCCCGACAGCCAGGAGCCUGGAAACCUGGCUGGCGUCCGGCACAUCAUCCUCAUCCUCUCGGGAAAGGGGGGAGUCGGGAAAAGCACCAUCUCCACGGAGCUGGCCCUGGCCCUGCGUCACGCAGGCAAGAAGGUGGGGAUCCUCGAUGUGGACCUGUGUGGCCCCAGCAUCCCCCGCAUGCUCCAGGCACAGGGGAGGGCCGUGCACCAGUGUGACAGUGGCUGGGUGCCCGUCUUCGUGGACCAAGAGCAGAAUAUGUCCCUCAUGUCUGUGGGUUUCCUGCUGGAGAAGCCGGAUGAAGCUGUGGUGUGGCGAGGCCCCAAGAAGAACGCUCUGAUAAAGCAGUUUGUGUCUGACGUGGCCUGGGGACAGCUGGACUACCUGGUGGUGGACACGCCCCCAGGAACCUCGGAUGAGCACAUGGCUGCCGUGGAAGCCCUCCGGCCCUACAGCCCCCUGGGGGCCAUCGUGGUCACUACGCCGCAGGCGGUGUCUGUGGGGGAUGUGAGGCGGGAGCUGACCUUCUGUAGGAAGACAGGGCUGCGCGUGAUCGGCAUUGUGGAGAACAUGAGCGGCUUUGUCUGCCCACACUGCACCGAGUGCACCAACGUCUUCUCCAGGGGAGGCGGUGAGGAGCUGGCCAGACACGCCGGAGUCCCCUUCCUAGGCUCUGUGCCCCUGGACCCCAAGCUCACGAGGAGCCUGGAGGAGGGCCGAGACUUUAUCCAAGAGUUUCCCCACAGCCCUGCCUUUCAUGCCCUCUCCGCCAUAGCCCGGAAGGUUUUGGAUACACCUGCUCAGCUCUCCUGACCAAGGCAUCUCCUGGUGCCACUGGGGCUGCAGCUCACAGACUCAACAGAGGUCCUGGGUGCGGUUCCUGGAACCUGCAGGGCUGGCCUGGAGGGCUGUCACUGUGGACCUCCCCCUGCCCGGGCCCUUGGGAGACGUUUUGUGCUGCUACAGCAGCAGCUGGGCACCGAGCCACUGACAAUGAGUGGUUCUGCUGGCUUGGUCUGUUGCAGGCCCUGGGGAUCGCGAGGGGUCCUAGUGCCGUGGCCUGAGCUCUGGUGCCUGCGCGUUCACUCUUCGUGCCAUGGCACUCAGUGCCCCAGACGGACAGGCCACUCCUGAUACCUCCAUAUUGUCCACAAAGUUUGUGGGUCUUGAAGUUGGCUGGGGACUUUGUUGUCCUCACGUGCCUGGUCGCUGGCAGGGCUGUGAGUGAUUGUGAUUGAGGACGGGAGCACCCUGUAAGGUAUUAACUUUAGAGCCCACAAUUAAAUGUGUCCUGCCACCAGGGUUAAAAGUC